AGUAUAAAUAUUUGUAAAUAUCCAAAAGCAAAUUAUUUGAAACGUUUUUUGCAUUCAGUUUACUUUUGAACUUUGGUCGAAUAAGAACAAAAUCAUGAUACGAAUACAAUUCGAUACGAUAUUUUUGGUUUGUACUUUUGUGCUUUUAUCCCAAGCCAGCGCACGGUUUUUGGUUUCUUAUGAAUCAUCUGAAGAAAUGGGCAACUAUGAAGAUGCCCUUGCGAAGUUAUUAAAGGAGUAUGAUAAGUUGAAACCAAAUGAACAAAGUAUCAGGGUGUCUAACAGGUACUGCAGGUACUGCAAGUACUGUAAAAGUACUGCAUUGAAAUCCUCGGUACUGCAAGUACUGUAAAGUACUGCAUUUUGCCUGAAAAGUACUGCAUUUUUUCUCAAACUCAUUUCAGUUUUUGGCGAAAAUUGUGCUUAAAAUGGUUAAAAACCACUAUUUUUCAAACAAUAUUCCACAAAAUUUUUUUUCGCCCUCGCUUUGCUCGGGCAAUAUUUUGAUUUUCUUUUCAUAUUUCUGAAUUUAAAAAAAACUCAUAAAAAUCACAUUAUGUUUGGUCAGUUUUCAUCUAUGUAUACCUUUCAAUUUUUCCAACAGACCACCUACCCAAAGUUGUCAAAUUAUAAAAAGUCAGCAAAUUUGCCCAAAUGUUCUGAUGGUGUUGGAACUCGUCAAUGUCAAUAAAUUUUGAAAAUUUUUAGUCUUAAUAAAGAAGUUUAAUUACCAACUUUUGUGAGACUUGAAUAGCACAUUUUAAGAAUUUUUCGCCCUCGCUUCGCUCGGGCUGAAUGCAGUUUCUCUUUUUCUAAAUUUCUAGGUCUAUUAGUUUUUCUUUUAAAAAAUCAAACUUUCUAAAAAUCCGUCAUUCAAACCCAAAAAGAUGUUUAAAUCCAAAAAUAAACUCCUCUCAUGAAAAAAAUUUUUUUUAUUGCUCGAAAUACGAAAAUUUUGAGAGCUUAUGCACUUACUUCGUUCGGGCUUUUUUGCUUUUCUUAUUUGGAACUGAAAUUUAUUUUAAAAAAUUGUUCAAAUUCUGAAAUUUUCAAGCCAAAAAAAUCAAUCUCUUCCCAUAAAAACCCGUGUUCUUUCAUUUAUCAAAACAGGAAUUUUCAAAAGUUUCUGCCCUCGCUAAUACGCUCGGGCUACUUUUUGUUUACUUUUAUGGUUAUUAUUUUAUUUUUUUUCAAAAUGAUAAAGUUUUUAUGUUUAAGGUCUCUGAAAAUUGAAAAAUGAAAACGAUUUUUUUUUCAGUCAUGAUAGGCUAUGAAUAUAUACCCUAAUUACAAAUUAUAAAUUCAACUUAUUCGGAUUUCUUCAUAAUUUUAGCGUUUGAAAUUUCAAGUUUUUGCUGCCAAGUGGCAAAUUGGUGUUUGAAAACUCCUGAAAAAAUGGAAUUCAUCUUUUUUAAAAAAUUUUUUGAACCUCAAGAUAUGAAAGCUGAAACUGAAAACUGAAAACAAACUGAAAUUAACAAGUUUUUCUAUGUAAACUAAAAAAUUACUGCUUAAUUCCAACUGUUUCAAAAAGAUUUUUUUUUUGGGGGGGGGGGUCGGUGUAAGCUGGAUUAAAAAAACAAGGUACUGCAAAAUGUACUGCAAAAAGUACUGCAAAAGUACUGCAUUUCUUCCGAGAAAUUUUGUUAGCAACCCUGAGUAUACUGAGGAAAGAUUGCCUCAAUCAUCUCUUGGCUUUGUCAGAAAUGCAAACUAACGAAAGUAAAAUUGAACAUGAGAUGCUCCAAGAGUUGACAAAAAUACCGAAUUUCGAAAACGAUGCCCUGACGGCUAUUAAUAAAUUCCGCAAAGUUAUCGAAGAAGGACGGAAGGCAUUAGAUCAGCUCAUAGAAAAAAGGAAAAAAACAAUAAAUACCCAAGAUCCCGAUAUCAUCCGACACUAUGAAAGCAUGUGGCUUCAAGUCGAGACAAAAAAACGCGACGAAGCGAAAGCCGCGUUGGAAAAAAUCGACACGUUUUUGUCUCUCUUUGAAAAGAGCUUAAAAAGCACGAUGGGCGAUCAGUUGAAAACACUUCAGACAAUGCAGGAUAUAAUAAUCGAACGGAAGAAAACGGUAGAUCUAGCAAACACACGCGACCGCAAGAACAUCGAUACUCUUCAUGCUAUUGAAAAAAAAGACGAUGGCACGACAUCAGCUCCAGAAUCAAAUUCCCCACUGUUUUUAUUAGACGAAAAUGACGUUAAAGAAAUACGAGAAUUGUACAACUUCUGGAUGAGAUUACCCAAACUUAAUCUGCCUGAAAGUAAGAAACUGAUCAAGAAUAUUGAAAAAAAGGGUUUGUCGUUGUCCCUGUUCUGUAAAUCUAUCGCCGAAAUACACGUCAUUGGAAAUAAAGCCAGAAAAUGCCACGACAGAGGCGAUACAAAUGGUAUGGAUGUCUUGGCCAAAACGUUGGAUCAACCAAAUUACAAAAAAGUUGAAGAAAUUAUUAAUGAAACGCCACCACCUUCGCUUGACAGCAUCGCUAAUCUAGUGCAUCUAGUGAGAGGGAGAUUUAUAAAAAUUGAUUAAACUGUAUACCAAAUGA